AUGAAGCUUUCUAUUACUUUCACGUUUGCUGCUGUGACCGUCACGUCAUCUUGUGCUACUGUCUCUGCGCUCGAUAAUCAUCACGAUAACGCUAUCGGUUUUCGUCACAAUACCUUACCGUGUACUGACGUGCUUUGCGAUGAUGACUACGCUCCUGUGUGCGGUUUCGACAACAAAACUUACCCGAACGCGUGCAUUUUUCAGGCGACAAACUGCCACACUAAUGUCACGAUGGCUUAUUUAGGGCCUUGUCGUGAUAGGUUUGUGAAUAACGAGCGGGUACACUCGUCAGCAUCGGCUACUUCAUCAAACGAGAAAACGCCUUUAAUUCGCGACCGUACUCAUUCAGCUAACGAAGAACGUGGUGUAUCGUUUCAUCCAGGUGAAGCAACACCGUUGCUCACCAAAGAAGUCCCUUAUUCUAAGCUACAACGUAUGAUUGAUGAGGUUGUAGCUGAUGAUGUUUUAUUAGCUGAAGGUGUACAUCCCUACGACUAUCUCAAGGGGUUGCAUGACAGAUUCUCCACCUGGGACUGGAAGCUUUUUGGAUCUUUCACCAGCUGGCUUAAGUGGUUGCGCACCAUAUUCGGUUUAAGAGUGGAUAAAUCAGCGGAACCGAUGAAAGUGCUGAAAAGAAUCGAUCGAGCUGCUAAAUUGCGUCUUGCACAGCUUCGACCUAGCAUUUACGCUGACUAUGUAUCUUACGCCAAGCUUUAUAACAAAUACCAUCUAAUACAGGUGAUAACAGAACAUUGA